UCUCGAUUUUCGUAUUCAGUUAAGAUCACGCGUAAUUUGGGCACAACAUGCCACUCGAUCCGCAAAUGGUGACGCGUGCGGUUCUCCUCCAGCAACACUUCGAUCCCAGCCACUAAAACAAGCCAAGCCCAAACCCUAGCUAAUUGCUCGUGAAAGAUCCGAAAAUUAAGAACUAUUGUCGAGAGUGUGUGUGUACGUGUGUGUGUGUUCCUCUGCCGGAAGAGUCCGAUGUGCUGCUGAAACAUCCGUGAAAUAGCAACCAGAGCAACCAAUAAAAAAAACAACAAAAUACAAUGGUGCAGAGCGACGAGCGCAUUGCGGAGCUGGCGGAGCCACAGUCGACGCAGGACGUCGAGGCGCCCUCGCCCCGUGUGUCCAGCAUCGAGCAGGAGCAGCUGGAGCUGCUGGAGGAGGAGGAGGUGCGACACAUAGAUGCCGCUGCCAAAUUGCUGGACAAUGGCAACGCACAUGGCGCUGAGACGGACAAAAGUGCACAGGCCCGCAUAAAGGCCAAGUUAAAGAAGGAGAAAUCCGAACAGGAUCGCCUCAUGACCGAGGAGAUUAACAAGCUGCUCAACGAGAUGCCGCUCGAGAAGAAUGUCACCUGCGGAUUUUGGAUCUUACGCGGCGCAUUCUUUCAGCGCUUUGCCAAUCAAACUGCCUACGUUCUGCUCUAUGGCAUUGUGGGCUGCAUCUUCUCCAUGACCUAUGCCUACUUCAAUGGCACCAUUACCACCAUUGAGAAACGCUUUAAAAUACCCUCGAAAAACACGGGCAUCAUAUCUGUGGGCAAUGACAUUAGCCAGACUCUGGUCUCCGCCGUUUUGGCCUACUACGCCGGCAAGGGACAUCGGCCGCGCUGGAUAGGAUUUGGUCUGCUAACUAUUGUCGUGUUCUGUCUGAUGACCACCUCGCCGCAUUUCCUCUACGGGCCCGGCGAGGAUGCCUUGGCUCUGACCAAGGAGUUCGGCGCCCUGCCCGACGAGAACGCCACCCUGGAGGCCAUUGAGGAGCAGCGCGCGAAGACCCUAUGCCGUCUCACCGGAGGCGGCGCCGAGUGCGAGGUGGGCGAGGGCAACUUUGCGCCCCAGGUGCUGCUCUUUGUCGCCCAGUUCAUAUCUGGCAUCGGCGGCUCCCUAUACUAUACACUCGGCGUCUCCUAUAUGGAUGACAAUACAAAGAAAUCCAAGACUCCAGCCCUGCUAAGUCUGUCGUACUUUUUGCGAAUGCUGGGCCCUGCGAUUGGCUAUGCUUUGGCCUCCUUUUGUCUGCGCUUGUACAUUGCGCCGCAACUGCAUCCGGUUAUCAACAACAAGGAUCCACGCUGGCUGGGCGCCUGGUGGCUGGGCUGGUUAGUCAUGGGCGGUCUGUUAUCUUGCUCGGGCAUCUUUUUAUCGAUGUUUCCCAAAGAGCUGCCCCGUGCCGCCGCCAGACGCUUGGUGGAGGAAAAACGUCGUCGCGAACGUCUGUCGCUGAGGCAGAAGGAGAGCGCCGAGAAGGAGAAACUAACCGUGGAGCUGGAGCCGCAAUCGACAGCCGAGCCGAAGGCCUCCUUUAAGGACAUGCUGGUCACCUUCAGACGCCUGACCACAAACAAGACCUAUAUGUGCAACACGCUGUCGAAUAUCUUCUAUCUGAUAGGCUAUACGCCCUUCUGGAUAUUCACGCCCAAAUAUAUUGAGGUGCAGUACAAACAAUCGGCGGCCACCUCCAGCAUGGUCACGGGCACCGUGGCUCUGGCAUUCUCUGCGAUUGGAGUCCUGCUCUCCGGCUUUAUCAUCUCCAAAUAUAAGCCACGUGCUCGGUAUAUGGCCGCCUGGAAUGUGAUCUGUGCCGUUUUGGUUGUGGCCGGCGUGGUCACAUACGCCUUUAUUGGUUGUCCGGACAACGAGCGCUCGGUCAUUGUCAAUAUUCACAAUAGCGCCGUGAAUGACACAGCCACGUGCAACUCGGCCUGCGCCUGCGACUAUGUGCGCUACUCUCCGGUCUGCGGUGAGAAUCAUAUGACCUAUAUAUCCGCCUGCCACGCGGGCUGCAAAAUGGAGCACGUGCGCUCCAAUGGCAAAAAGAUCUUCUAUGACUGCUCCUGUAUACCAAGUGCGAGGAAUAGCUCUUUCAAAAGGCUUACCGCACGCGAUUUGGCCUUUGACAACAGCACCUGGGAUCUAACUGGAAGAGCGCUGGAGAACUCAGCCUCUACAUCGUAUUUGGAGCAACUAGCCGCUGGUCAGGCCACGCCGGGUGCUUGUCCUGUCAACUGCUGGACACAAUUUGUCGCCUUCCUGUCGGUCAUGUGCUUCCUAAAGUUCAUUGGCGCCGCGGGCAGAGCAUCCAAUUUUCUGGUCUCUGUGCGCUGUGUGCCGGAGAAGGACAAAACUGCUGCGAUGGGAUUUGGCAUGAUGUUGUGCUCGAUGUUCGCCUUUAUACCGGGACCCAUAUUCUUUGGCUGGAUCUUCGAUCGCAUGUGCCUGGUGUGGGGCAAGACCUGCACCAACAAGGGCAACUGUUGGCUCUACGAUCCCGAGUCCAUGAGAUACACGCUCAACUUUACGGCAGCUGUUUUUAUAUCCCUGGGCGCUAUCUUUGAUUUUGGAGUUUGGUAUUACGUUAAGGAUCUUAAGAUAUUCGAUGAGGAAGUCAAAGAGGUCGAAAUGCAAAUUGUGCAGCACGAGGAGGAGAUCAAUGCUGAAAAGAAUACCGAAAUAUAAGUGGCUAGAAUAAUGAUAAUAAAUUUAAGCACAAGCUAUUGUAAGUUAUGAUUGUGAGUGAUUUAUUGGCCUGUCGCUAAGAUCGUAUGUAUAUAUAUUUAUAUAUAUACGGUUUUUAACGAUGCAGUCGGUUGGUAUAAUAAACUGAAUUAUGGGGCGGUUAAGAUCGUGUGAUAAAUGCAACCGUCAAGGCUCUCAGUCUGCUAUUAAAACACGUACAGUAAAAUGACAACUGUACAGUGGUCACUCGUAAAUGGGAACUAUACAAAAUUAUAUUUGUAAAUUUAUGCCUAUAUUUGAAAAACCUCCAUUACAAUAAGAUCAUAUUAUAUACACAUCUUCUUUGUUAGUUGCACGAAAUAAUUGUGAUUUCAGAAAUGAGAAUUUGUGUUAAUCCUAUUCCGAUUAGCGAGCGACCACUGUAUAUAUGCAGUCUUAGGUUUUUAUAUAUAUCAAACGCAUGUCUGUAUUUGAACAAUCUAAAAUAAAGUACAUAAUUGCCA